AUGCUUACUGUGUCAGAGUAUGAGAAUUUAAUUGAUAUUAAAUGUUCAUCUUCUCUUAAACAAAAAUUUGGAGCUGAAAAUUUUGAUCUAAAUAAUUUUUGGAUUGGACUUCAAGAUGAAUAUCCUACAAUUGUUGAGAAAGCUAUUACAAUUCUGCUUCCGUUUGUGACGACUUACCGAUGCGAGACUGGUUUUUCAGCUUACGCUUACACCAAAAACAAGUACAGAAAUAGACUUGAUGCAGCUCCAGAUCUUCGCAUUCAAUUA